ACCAUUUGGAUGUGAUUCACCAUGCAUGUUGCUUCAGAGAAAUGACUCCAGAGAGACAAGAUCGUCUUUUUUGCGAUAUGUGUGGGCCUGUGUGUGGCAAGUUGACGGUAGGAUUUAUGAGGUUGAACAUGCUUCUGUCCAUUUCUCACUUUCAUCUCAACCAUCGGUUUCGCUUUCCUCGGCUAAUAAGAACCACAACACUCACUUCACUUCAUAAUUCUCACUUCAUUGCUCCUUCAACUCCUCAAAUCAGAAUGAAUCAAUCUGAGCAGAAUUCCUUAUCAGUGGAAAAACCUUCACAGGCUUCAUCAGAUCCCUACACACCGCCGCCGCCAAUUGGUUAUCCGACUAGAGAUGCCAUGGUGGGUGAUCCUCCGGCAGCAGCAGUGGAGACAAAGUCCAAGGACGUCGAUGAAUCAUACGAAAAAUUAGAAUGCUGUCAGAAAUGUCUCUGUGGUUGCCUUGAAGUCUUACAGAAAGUACUUUCAUCGUGACACUAAAUUUAGCAUGAGCAUGAGACUUCUGAUGAGACUGAAGUCGUUGACCGAACCAGAAAAAACAUCACGUAAUGGAAGAUCCAUUGAUAUAUGUUUUAUAUAUAUAUUUAAUCCGUAUGUAAGGAUCCUCACGUUGCAUUUUUUUUAAAAUUGAUUUGCUUCAUUGUUUGAAAGGGAUCCAUGAUCCCAUUUGCUUUGUGUAUUUUGUUUCUAUAUAAAUCAAAGAAAAAAAAGAAAAGAAAAAAACCUAGUCAUAAGUCGUAA